AUGACUCAACGAGCAAAAGCAAAGACGGUCGCGAAGCAAGCCACAACAAACGAAGAGCAUAUCAGAGGAACAGCGAAAAGCCGCGCCUCCUUCAUCUCAUAUGUAGAGUCGAGUCUUGCUGCACCAUCCAAAAGACGAAAAAGGCAUUCAUCUCGAAAGGCUGUUAGCCUUUCGACAUCUAGCAAUCAUGCGGAGACUCUUUAUCAUAAUCUUCAACGUCGGUCUCGUCAAAGUAAGGGUGACAUUAAUUGGCCAUUGUGCGAAAACGCGAGAACGCGACGAAAUAUGCAAAAUCAGAAAUCAGAUGAAGAUAACUUCACAUGA